AUGCUCCAAAAGCUUUUUACAGACAAUGGAGACAGCGAUCGAGGAAGUAUCAACUCCUCGUCUCCAUGGACCUCAAAAUCGCCUCCACAAGAGGCGGUGGUAUACAAAUCCACCCACAACUUCCGUGGCGACCUGUUGCCACGACGGACGAGAGCAGAAGGAGAGACAGACGAGAAGCGAAAUUUUUCGAGCAAUCUCUAUCUUCGUGUCUUCGGUCUCAACUGCAUUGACGCUGUGGCCAACCAGAAGCUUGGAGUCAACCAAGAUUGGUCAUACAACUUUGCCAAUCUCCUCGGUAAAUGCGGCCAGAAAACCGUUUGUACCUAG